GGCCCCAAGCCCUGGCUGGGGAGGGUGCAAGGGAGCCGGCUCUGUCGCAGCUGCUCUCCCACCUCCUCCAGCCUGGCUGGGGCCCUUCCUACGUGGCAGAGCUCACCCGAUCCCAGGCGGGUUACCUGCGCUGCUGGAUCGGGUUCCCAGGCCCGGGGAUCACCUUACGGCCGAGCCGGGAGCCAGCACCCAUCUAUAAUUCAGCAGUGGUGGCAGCGGGAUGCGGCGGGCGGGCAGGCGCGGCAGGCAGGCCCAGGAGGGCAGCCCUAUGGAGAACGGCAUGGGGCAGGAGCCGGGGACCCCUGAGCCGCCCGCUGCCGAGGGCACCCCGGCCCCCCGGCCCCCCCGUGCCCGCCCCAGGCUGGUGUUUCACGCGCAGCUGGCCCACGGUAGCCCCACGGGGCGCAUCGAGGGCUUCACCAACGUCAAGGAGCUCUACGCCAAAAUUGCUGAGGUCUUCGGCAUCUCGCCCACCGAGAUCCUCUUCUGCACGCUCAACACGCACAAAGUAGACAUGCAGAAGCUGCUGGGGGGACAGAUUGGCCUGGAGGACUUCAUCUUCGCCCACGUCCGAGGCGAGACGAAGGAGGUGGAGGUGACCAAGACAGAGGACGCGCUCGGCCUCACCAUCACAGACAACGGGGCUGGCUACGCUUUCAUCAAGAGAAUCAAGGAGGGGAGCAUCAUCAACCGCAUCCAGACGGUGUGCGUGGGCGACAGCAUCGAGGCCAUCAACGACCAGACCAUCGUGGGCUGCCGGCACUACGAGGUGGCUCGGAUGCUGCGGGAGCUGCCGCGGGCUCAGCCCUUCACCCUCCGCCUCGUGCAGCCCAAAAAGGCCUUUGACAUGAUCGGGCAGAGGACGCGGAGCAGCAAGUCCCCGGUCGAGGGCAGAGUGACCAGCGGCAAGGAAACCCUGCGGCUGCGGACACAGGGCCCGGCCACGCUGGAGGAGGGGCCCAGCCCCUUUGAGGAAGAAGCCGCUCGCCGGGUGGACGAUCUGCUGGAGAGCUACAUGGGCAUCCGCGACAGCGAGCUGGCCUCGACGAUGGUGGAGGCGGCGAAGGAGAGCCCUGGCGUGGCCCAGCUUGCCCGCGGCUUGGACACGGUGCUGGGAGAGUUCGCCUUCCCCCCGGAGUUCGUGGCCGAGGUGUGGGCAGCCGUCUGCCACCCCAAAGGGGGGCAGGAGUAGCUGGGGGGGGGUGGGUGGUGUGACAGCACCCCUCACCCAUGUCCCCUCACCUCACCCCUCCCCAUGUCCCCACCCCACCUGGGGCUGGCGGUGCCGGUGGAGGGUCCCCAUCCUGCACCCUCCUGAGCCGCACUCAGGUGUGUCCCCGGGCUUUGGGGGGGAGGGGGAGGGUGGCAGGGCACCCAGUGCCCCCCCCUCCCCCGAGGACCCCUCUCACCCACCCCCGAAAUGCGGCGGGAAGGGGCCACGGCUCAUUAAAGCAGAGGCUGAAGGACAA